AUGAAGUUCGGGAGGCCCGACACGGAGUUCCUGAAGUGGCGGUGGGAGCCAGACGGGUGCGAGCUCCCGCCGUUCGAUGCUGCCGAGUUCGCAGAGAUGGCGCAAGGGAAGUCAAUCGCCUUCGUCGGCAACUCUCUGGGGGAGGAACCACAUGCAGUCCUUGUCAUGCCUCUUGUAGACCAACCGGAGGACAUAUCUCUCCGGUACACAGCGGACUACAACUUCAAGUGGUGGUACCUCCCCAAGCACAACCUAACCCUAGGCACCUAUUGGGCCCCUUUCCUGGUCCGCACCACCGACGCCCGCAGUGGCCAGACCCUCGACUGCGUCCUCACCCUCCACCUGGACAAGCCCCACCCUUCUUGGUCUGCUGAGAUCGGCGCCUUCAACUAUGUCAUCGUCUCAGUGGGCCAGUGGUUCUUCCGCCCGCUGGUCUACUACCGGAAUGGGUGGCUCCUGGUAGGGGUGUGCAUGGUCCAGAACACCAAGAGAAACAAGCUGAUCCAAAACUGA